UUUGCGCAAGCGCUGUAGAAAACCGGAAGUUACUCGACUUCCGUUAACAACAUAACCAUGCCUUUGGUGGUGAUGUGUGGCUUACCUUGUAGUGGCAAAACUACGCGAACUAACCAACUAAAACACUACUUAGAGUCAGAAUUAAGUAAAGCAGUACAUAUCAUUGAUGACCAUGCAAUUGGGAUCUACAAAAAUGAAAUAUAUGCAGAAUCUAAGAGUGAAAAGGAUGCAAGGAGUGCCUUAAAGUCUGCCGUGCAAAGAAAAUUGUCACGAGAAGAUGUUUUGAUACUGGAUUCACUGAAUUAUAUAAAAGGUUACAGAUAUGAACUUUUUUGUUUAACAAAAGCCAGUCAGACACCACAUGCUGUAAUACAUUGUGAAAUAGACCCUCAUCAAGCAGCAGAAUGGAACAAAAACAGGAGUGAAGAAGACAGUUAUUCUCAAGAAAUUUUGGAUGCCUUAGUCAUGAGAUUUGAGACCCCAGAUUCAAGAAGUCGUUGGGAUUCCCCUCUCUUUACAAUACAUCCUACUGAUGAGCUGCCAUAUAAGGAAAUUAGUGAUUCUCUCUUCCAGAGAAAGCCGCCACCACCAAACUUAGCUACUGUUGCACAACCUUUAUCAUCUACAAACUUUCUGUAUGAAUUGGAUAGAAUAACCCAAGACGUCAUCAAUGUCAUUUUGGAUGCACAAAAAACAAGUGUUCCUGGUGACAAAGUUGCUAUCCCUAAUGCUCAAGAAAAGGUUGAGCUUUUUAAGCAUGUCACUCUGGCAGAAUUACAACGGACAAGAAGACAAUUUAUUUCAUACACAAAAAUGCACCCAAUGGAAGAUACCAGUAAAAUUGGAAAUAUGUUUGUUCAGUAUUUAAAUAAAAGUAUCCGGUGACACCAACACAAUUUGAUAUUAUUUAUUUCACCUAGUUGACAACAUCCUAGUUUCCAUCUCAACAUUCAUUACUUUUUGGCUUAACCAAAAACUAUAAACAAUGUGGUCAUGGUUUUACUAUUUCAAAAAAAGCAGUUUUCAUGUUGGAUAGAGGAUUUUCUUUUUUCUUUUUCCUUUUAAAGCGUAUUUAUUAAUUUUCAUUUAUUAGUUCUUUGCUUAAUUAUUCUGUACAAUGCUUAAACCGUUUGCAAGGAACAAGACUGAAAAUAUCAAGUUUUAUAUAUAUCUUUACUACCUAUCAGUGCAGUGAACCACAAAAUCAGUCAUAGAAAAUGGAUAGGGAGGAUGUGGAAUACAGAUUUACAGUAUCUAUCUGUUGUGUAUUGUUACAUUUGAUUGUGACGAUAAAUGAUGCAAAUGUGCAGAAUAAUUCUUGGCUGGAUUUUGUGAUAUAUUUUAUCUCCAUACUGUCGAAAUUGAAACAUGUCACUUCACAAGUUGCAAACAAUGUGAUAUGAAAUGAUGCCUGUUAUUAUAAUGAACCUAGGACUGUAACACAUACUAUAACUUCUGAAAUUGGAAGUUUUACCUUUUAUGAAACAUUUUUUUUAAAUAUGAAAAUAAAGGUUUU